UGCUGUUUUUGUUUAUUUAUUUUAAAUUAUGUGCAAGUGUUAAAUAAGUUUUAAAUGGUACAUUAAAUACAUGUAUACUUGAGAACAUUUGGAAAUCGCCUGAUUAGAAUCAAUGUCAUUUUUAGGGUAUGCUUUUCUCUGACACGCUCAUUUCUUGUUUUAAAUUCUCCUUCUUUGUCUGUCUGUAUGCAGAUAUUCUGCUGUUUAUGUAGAGAUUGAGAAGUUCUGAAACUGUUUUUCAUUUACACUUAGAGAAACUGAAAAGAUGGACAACAUAUAUAACGCUUCAUAUGUGUUACAGCUAAAUGGCUAUAACAUUUCUAAUGAAGGUGUCUUCCCUGCAUUCCUUUUUGCCACCCUUAACUACAUGAUUAUCCUUUUGUGCAACUUUACUAUAAUCCUCACCAUUCUGUUGAACAAAUCGCUGCAUCAGCCAAUGCAUCUCUUCCUGGUCAGUCUUCCCAUCAAUGACCUGAUAGGUUCUUCAGCACUCUUCCCACACCUCAUUAAGGAGAUAUUGACCAACAGCAAAAGGAUUCAGCUCUCAGCUUGCAUCAUCCAAGCCUUUUCCAUCCAUAUCUAUGCAGCAGGUUCGGUGUUCAUUCUGACUGCGAUGGCCUAUGACAGAUACAUCGCUAUAUGUUACCCUUUGCGUUACAACACUGUUAUGACUAAUGCUCACAUCAUGAAGAUAAUCACAUUAGUUUGGUCUUCAUGUGUGGUUUUAAUAGGUGUGCUUUUUAUUCUUCUUUUGCGUUUGCGCCAUUGUCGAUCUGAAAUAACAAAUUCCUAUUGUGAUAAUCCAAGUUUGAUGAAUUUGGUUUGUCAAGAUACAACCAUUAAUAACAUCUACGGUCUUUUUAUAAGUGCUAUUACACAAGUAUUAGCUAAUUGUCUAGUUUUUUAUACAUAUCUUCGGAUCCUCAUGGCAUGCUUUAGAUCCAGACAGUCAGACACUAAAGCGAAAGCGCUCCAUACAUGUGCUACGCAUCUAUUUGUUUUUCUUUUGUUUGAGUGCUUGGGCCUCUUUACAAUCAUAUCUUACAGACUAAAAAAUAUUUCACCACAUUUAAGAGGAUUUAUGGGGGUGUCUACAUUAAUCUUCCCCCCAACAUUAAAUCCAAUAAUUUAUGGAUUGAAAACAAAAGAAAUUCGUGAAAAAGUGUUUACCAUUUUUAGGAAUAAAUGA